AAUGAUUAAAAGUGAUUAGUAGGCCUCCAAUACCUAGCUUUUCUUUUUUUGAAAAAAUCAUUAUCUAGUUUUUCAAUUCUCUUUAAUAAAAUAAAUAUGAAAAUCGUGAAAAAAAGAGAGUUAAGUGAUCAGUGACGACAUUAUCCGAUAGUAAAUAAGAAUCGCAAACUCACCCUUCAAUCUUCAUCACAGUCACGCCACUCUUCUUCUCUGCUUUGCUCUGUUUUUUUCAGAAUCCAUUUCCCACUCAUCGCUUCUUCAGAAAUAAUGGCGGCGGCAUUAUCCACGGUGAUCGGAUCUCAGCCGGCGAUCAAAGUCAUCGCUCUCUGCGGUUCUCUUCGCCAAAAUUCUUACAACAGAGGCCUCAUUCGUGCUGCGAUGGAGAUAGCGAAGGAGUCGAUCGAUGGAUUGCAAAUCGAAUAUGUAGAUAUCUCCCCAUUGCCGAUGCUCAACACUGAUUUGGAGGUUGAUGGAACAUAUCCGCCUGUCGUUGAGGCGUUUCGCCGGAAGAUUCUAGAAGCCGAUAGCUUUCUCUUUGCUUCGCCGGAAUAUAACUACUCCGUUACCGCACCAUUGAAGAAUGCAAUAGACUGGGGAUCAAGGCCACCAAAUGUAUGGGGAGACAAAGCAGCCGCCAUUGUUAGUGCAAGUGGUGGCUCUAGUGGUGUAAGAUCACAGUACCAUCUCCAAAUUGGAGUAUUUCUUGACCUUCAUUUUAUAAACAAGCCUGAGUUUUUCUUGAAUGCACAUCAGCCACCGCCUAAGUUCGACGGCAACGGCGACUUGAUCGAUGCCGAAGUUCGAGAGAAGUUGAAGGCUCUUCUUCUGGCCUUGCGUGCAUUUUCCUUGAGACUGAAAGGAACUAAACCCCUGUAAAUUGAUGAACAUUAGUGAGAUAUUAUUGAUUGACAUGUGUCAGAGAAUGGAUAGGUCCUUUUGUUAGAGCAUAUUGGAGUACUUGGCUUUGAAUAAAUUUUGAGAACCAAGUAUAUACAAACUCAUUUUCUAAACAUAUAAAUGUGUAAACUUGUUGAUUUUGAAUUUCCUCUUCCAUAAAAAUGAUAUAUAUUUUAAUAAAUUUGUUA